CGGUCUACUUACUUGUUCAUACCACAUCGGAGGAGCUUCCAGAAAGAUGAAUUAUUUCAUCCUCCUGUCGCUUUUUGCCACGAUUGUCGCCGGAAAGUCACCGCGGCUGAAAUUCGUUCUUCACGAGGCCUCCAGGUUCCACUUCAGCAGACCGGAGAACUACGUCAGCAUGUACCACCCGGAGGGCAGCGACAGGCUGUACGUGGGCGGCCGCGCCACGCUCUACAUGCUGAACUUCACCAGCGGGGGGGUCAGCAACCUGGAGAUCACAGCGGCGUCCGACCAGACUGCGAUCGAUACCUGCAAGGCCAAGUCCAGCCCGCUCGAGCUGGAGUGCGAUAACUUCAUCACCGUCAUUCAGAAAGUAAACGACACACUAUUAGUAUGUGGAACGAAUGCUGGAAGCCCCAGGUGCUGGAUGCUGGUGAACGACAGCGUGCUGACUGACGUCCAGGGCAACGGGCAGAUCGGGCCGUCCUCGGACAUCUCGCCCCCCUACCCGUCCCAGAGGUCCAUCAGCCUGCCUGCAGAUGGGAGCCUGUACUCCGCCAUGUCGUCGGUGGGGGGUCAGGCCGGCUCCAUCCGCCGAACGUUUGGCUCCCAGAAGCUCCUGAAGACGGAGAACGUUUGGCUGCUGAAUCCGCAGUUCGCGGGCGCGGCCAUAAUCCCCUCUUCAGUAAAGUACAAGGAGGAGGUGUACUUCUUCUUCAGCGAGAUCAACAAGACAGCCCGCGUGGACGAGGAGCCGUACAGAGCCCGCAUCGGCCGCAUCUGCACGGUGGACGAAGGCGGCAUCAGGGCCCUGCUGGCGGACUCGUGGACCACCUUCAUGAAGGCGCGGGUGAUGUGCGGCGCAGGAAACACGCAGCAGCAGUACAACAACAUGAAGCAGGCGGUGGUGCUGACGGCGGAGGACAAGAGGGCCGGGGUCCUGUACGGCCUGUUCUCCAACGCAUGGGGCAGGACGGUGAUCUGUGCGUACUCCAUCGAGGACAUCGACAAGGCUUUCUCCACGUCCAAGCUGAAGGGUUACAGCAGUUCGUUCAGCGGCAGUCGCCCCGGGACGUGCGUCCGCAAGAACUCCACGGCCGGAGAUCACGCCGACAUCAAGAACCUCGGGGUGAUCCGGUACCACCCGGAGAUCGAGGACGUGAUCCGGCCCGUGGGCGUGGCCCCGCUCGACCUGCCCACGGACGACCAGAUCACGCACGCCGUGGCGGACAUCGUCCUGGCGGUCAACGACGAGCACUACAGCGUCCUGUACCUCGGCACAGACCAGGGCAAAAUUCUAAAGGUUCUGCACACCAGCGAGGGCGUCUUCAUCAUAUCUCAGUACUCUCUGUUCCACAAUGAGGGCCCCGUUCUCAACAUGGCUAUUGACUCCCAGAAGGGACACCUGUACGUCGGGACAGCCAUGGAGGUCCAGAGACUGCCGCUGGCUGACUGCAGUCGCUAUGGCGACACCUGCAGGGAGUGCAUCCUUUCCCGGGAUCCGUACUGCGGCUGGGACCGCGCCAGGAGGAGGUGCCUGCCCAUCCCGCCCGGACACAACAACACCACCAGGACGCUUGUCCAGAACCUGGACCAUUCAAACUCCUCGGUUUGUGGGGAAGCUGCUGCUCUGAAGCAGCGCCGCACCUCCCCCAGAGAAGUGAUGGUGCAGUCCAACACCUCCGUCUUUCUGCCGUGCCCCGUGCGCUCCUUCCACGCAACGUACCGCUGGGAGAAGGACAACUGCGUCAGGAACUAUCCCUGCCUCUUCUCCGGAGACUUCUGCGUCCUGGGGCCGGCCGUGGACACGCCCCUGAAGAACGGCGUCUUCCGCUGCAUGGCCACCGAGGACGGCUUCAAGGUGGAGGUCAUCUCCUUCAGGCUGGUGAACGACGGGAGGCUCCUGGCCGCCUCCCUGGUCUCCACCCUGGGGCCGUCGCUCCUGCUCGCCAUGGCCACCCUGUGGCUCCAUUAACCGCAGCUAUCGCUAAUGCUAACCCCCCCAUUCUUACUGGCCCGCAGGAGGACGAGUUCGCAGAGUAUCCAAGUACACGGUUGGGUUGAAAUUUUCCUACAUUGAUUUUUUUUUAGAGAAAGAUUCCAUGAAAUAUAAACGAUAAAAUGCAUUUUCUUGCACAAAGCAACGUCUCUGCAGCUCGAUCGAUCCGACGAACGUUCGAUCCUCGAACCGACACUAAAGUGUUGCGGCCCAUAGAUCGACGCCCCCCUGCGGGUUCGAUUAACCAUAACUGGGUGCUUUGCGAACCUUUCCUCUCUGGCUCGAAACAUAUGGCAUGAGUUGGGGGGGAGGAAACAAUACCAGGCCAAUUCUUUUUACCAUCCUCUACUUCUUUCAAAUUGACUGUGCUUAUUUGUGAAUAUAUAAACUUUUAUGCCGCUCUUACUUCUUCUUCUUGUUAAGUUCAUCCGUAUAGCUCAUCAGUACAGUAAAUUGUCUGGUAUUGAGAUUUAAAAAGCCUUAACACUUCGGGGACAUGAACUCCUGAGCACAAUAUUGCAGUAGAGGCAGAAUCCCGCAGCCUCGGUCGGACCGGGUCGCUGCAAUCAGUGCGGCCGAGUCUGAGCAGCGGCGCCGGGAGGAAGUGUCCGCUUUACGACAGGAAGUGGGCGGGUGGGCGAGAGCUCACCUUCGAACAUCACUGUGUCUCAGCACCUCCUCCGCACGAGAGGCAGUUUUUUUUAUCAGCUGGAAUUAAAAAAGUGGUUAUUGCGCCUCGUUCACGGCUCUGUCCAUUGUUUUAUUAUUAGUAUUAUUUCUUUUAUACGCCAUCGUCUUUCCUCCGCCCAGGGAGCAAAAACAAUUGACAGGAGGUGUAAAAGAAAAAACGUUGCCCACAGCAGCUCAAUAUCAGCCUCUUGGGGGGGGACGAUGGUUGCAGGCGUUAUUAGUUCACAAUGUGUGAAGACGUGAACAAGGUGUUUCAAUAAACACACACUUCCUUCAUCAUAAGGGCAGACGGAGCGAAACGGAACCGCGUAUUAAGAUUGCAUUUCAUCGUUCGCUUGGAGAAAAAAAAAAAUAAUAGAAAAAAAGGCUUGUACUUGACUUACUGUGAAGUGCGUUCUGUACUGUAUUGCUCUGCAAGAUGCUGAUUUCAACCACUGCUGCCUGCUAGUGUGGCAUUUUGUCUUGUUUCUGUUGGGGUUUUCAUGCCAUAAUUAGAACGUGACACGUGACCAUUAACCGCUUCGCCUCUUUCCCCUGGGACAUCAGCGCGAAGACACGCGAGAAAGCUGUCAUUUUUAUUUCUGUGUCUCUCUGCUGUGAUACAAAAAGGCUCGACAGCCUCCGACGAGGCCGCAGGGUUUUUAUUGAGACCAGGAGGGCUGAUUAAAGCUCGGUGCAAAGGGAAAUCAAUUGCGAAUGUGGCCGUGGUUGAGUGGCAGCCGAAAUGCCCCCAGAAGAAGAACGCUAAACCUCAUGAAUACCGAUCAGCUGACUGGAGAAGGGAUGAAUUAUGCAGCGGAUUAGCAUGUUCUCCAAAGCUCUGGGAAUCCUCGUUCGCUGGCGUUACGUAAAGCCAACCAUGGCGAGCCUUCCGCCCCGGCAGGGACGUCAUUGAUUGCCAAUUAGACAAAGGAGCCGACUCCUCGUACGACUUAUUAGAGAACGUCACACGUCGUCAGGGGGCCGGAGCGCCGGGCGGCCGAAGGGUCGUGUGUUUCACUCAGCUCGCCGCUCUGGGAUCGGCUCGCUUUCCUAAACCGCGACUGCAGCGAAGGGGAGGAGCCUGAAGCAAUCAAACCCGGUGUCAUGAGCUUCCUUCACCACGAGGCCGUAACGACUAACCCGGUCGAGAGAACGUUUCCCCAUUCGACCCGCUUCGGCCUCGUAAAACAACACUGUGCGUAAAAACGUAACGUAACAAUCGCACAUAAUCAGCAACCGCCCUUAACUCGGUGGUGUCUGAUUUCAUGAAGGACAGAUGUGGCGGACACCUGGGUGGAAGUCCUGCGUUAGACCCACGCCGGCCCACAGAGGACCUUCUCAAAUCUUACCAGGUCGCUUUCAGUAACACUGGCUCGAAAAAAAUGUAGUACCAUGCCAACGUGUUUCUUGAUUACGAGGCUGUCAGGAGGGUUGUGGACGUUGUUCCACUUCAAUUCGUCGACGCUUUGCCUCGUUUUUUCAGUGUGCCCCCCAAAAAAAGACCACGCGUAAAUGAACCAAGGAUUCCUGUAACCAAGCGCUUCACUUUUCCUAAAGUUGGUGUUAAUUUGGCAGACGUCUACAUGGUGGAUUUGGGAGUGACCUUGAGUUUAAAUGGGGUCAGGUGCUCGUUGCUGUGCAGAGCUGAUUAUUAUAUUUCUCCCCAUGAGGUGAAGACAAGAUCUCGCUUUAAAAUGAAUGUUGAAUUCAGUUAUCAGUCCGUCGCAUGCGUCAGGGUCAGCUGGUCCGAUGACGGCUUCAAACAAAGCUCCCAAUUUUCCUUCAGGAAGCUAAUUUGGAUCUCGCUAUCGGCUGUGAGCGAAGGAGCCACUGUUUUUGUUUGCUGGGGGGGGUUUGAGUAUCGAGUACUGUACAUUGUGUGUGCCUGCGAUUCUGUGUCUCAAUGUAUCUCAUUUUAAAAGUAACAUACCAAACUAUUAUUAAAAAAAAAAAAAAGAUUUAUAUGCCAGUCGAUUUCCAUCUCAUAACAUGUCUUUUUGAAGAAACAAAUAUCUAUAGUACAAUAGAUAUUCAUGUAACAAGCCCAUAUUCACAUGUGUUUUCCUGAACAUGUGCGGUGAAAAUGAAUAAAAUAUAAGUAGAAAGAAA